UAAUGGCGGCUUACGUACAGGAGUCUGAACUCCUCUUCGAUUCUGCAAUUUCAGCGGUGUUAUCGAAACUAACACAUACAGAUUCUUUAAAAGACGAAGAGAAAACUGUUUUGAAGGAAUUUAUUGGUGGCAAUGAUGUUAUCGCGCUUCUCCCGAACGGGUUUGGCAAGAACUUAUCUCCAUUGGCUCCCCUGGUCGUGAGAGAGAUGGGACGGAUACAGGACCCCAUUGUGAUAGUCUUAUCUCCACUGCUUGAUCUGAUUGACUAUAAAAUUCGCCAGGCUGAACUUUUGGGGGUUUCAGCGGCGAAGCUGGGAGGAAAGGACGACAGCAAUAUCCUCAAAGGAAACUACCAGCUCGUGUUCGGCAGCCCCGAAUCCUGGUUGAAGAAGAAAUGGCUGGGCAUGCUGUCUUCGCGUGUUUACCAGGCCAGGAUAGUGGGGAUUGUUGUCGACGAGGCUCAUUUCGCCUAUAAAUGGGGUCAAGGUGCGAACGGGAAUCCAGCCUUGAGAGAGAGCUUUUAUCGCAUGGGAGAGCUCCGUUCAAUUGUGAAAGAAGGUACACCUGUCAUGGCUUUGACAGCAUCUGCUGAAACUGUCAACAGAAACCGGGUCAGCCACGUGCUAGACAUGCACAGUGCAACUCGGGUAACUGUGAGCCCAAACAGGAACAACAUCAGGCUUGGGCUGAAGCGUGUUCCUGAAGAUGACCUGGAUUGCAUGGAUUGGGUGGCAACGGAGGUCAGAGAGAAGGGACUGUCGAUGUGUCCAAUUAUUAUUUAUUGCGCUGAACUGGUGGCAGUUGGAAAAGUGUUCUGCCACCUGAAAGCUGAACUUGGAGAGGAUGCAUGGGUGGACAAGGACCCUGAGCGCAAGGCUGCAAACCUGCUGAUUGGGAUGUACCACUGCAAGACAUUGCCACAGUACAAAGAAAGAGUGCUUGCAUCACUCAAUGGUGAGGGUAGCUGCAGGGUAGUUGUUGCUACAACUGCAUUGGGGAUGGGCAUGGGACACAACUUUCCUAGCGUGUCCCAUGUGGUCAUGUAUGGAGCACCAGAGGAUGUGGAAACCAUAGUGCAGCAGGUUGGUCGGGCCGGUAGAAACGCUCUACCCUCACAUGCAGUGCUAUAUGCAGUCAAAGGAACACCCAAUGUUGACAAGACAGUGAGGUCAGUGAUUAAGGCAGGGGCAACGGGCUGCCUUAGGAAAGCCCUAUUUAGCCACUUCGAGGAGAACACCACAAGUUUGGAGCCCGGUCAUCUGUGUUGCACCUACUGCCAUUCCACUUGUUUGUGUUCAGCUGGGGCUUGUGUUGAGCCUGCUCCAAAAUGUGAGUCUGCACAACCACAUGUGCAAACUACCCCACUAAGAUCUAGAGACGUGACUGAAGAGGACAGGGAUCUUAUGAGAGAAUGCUUACAUGAUUACAUGCAUAGUUUAGUACCAAACGUGCCACUUUUCACAAGCAAGAGUCUCUGCACUGGGUUUGGGGAGGAGCUUAUUGAGGAAGCAGUCAAGCACAGUCCCUACAUCUUUGACAUAAAUUACAUAACAAACAACCUACCGGUCUUUAGUUUACGACAUGCUCAAGAAAUUCUAUUGAUUGUGAGCGAGGUGUUUGGUGACUUUGAGUAUACAGAGCAAACUCUUCCUGAUGAGAAAUUCGAAGAACCAGACCUGUAUUUCACUGGCUAUUUUGAUGAACCAGAUGAUGAGGAGUUUGAAAUUAACUAGCAUACAUUGGGAGUAGGGAUGGGAUAUCAGUAUUGGGUUGAGAUAUCAACAUAAUUCAGAGAUCGGAUUGGAAUUUUCCCAAAGUUUCUGAUACUGACAUUGAGCCAGGUUUUAAAUCAUAACACUUGCAUAUUAGUUUUCAGGAUGGGAUCAUUACUUUUUUUACUCGUUAUUUUUUUACACAAUUGGUUUCUUGCUCUUCUGACGUCCUUUUCUGACCAAAUAGUUUACUUGGACCUACCUCAAACUGAAACCAAUGCAUAUACUGUAUGUGGAUUUGGUAUCAGAUCUAGAUACCCACAUUUAGAUAUUGGAUCGGAAGUGAAAAAAAAUGUGUAUCUGCGCAUCCCUACUUGGGAGCAGGAUAGUAGAGACAUUAACCACAGUGCCUUUGAACAAGAAAUUCUGUAAAUAAUGAUGUACACAAGUAAUUU